CUUGGAUUCUGAUAUUUGUCUGCACUUGUCUGCGCGUGCUGGUCGCACACUCACACGGACCGUGACGGACGUGAACAUGCAGUCUCAUCCUAUCGACCAUCUGACUCCACGCACACAAAAAGACAGAAGCGAUCCACUUGCCACAUGUACACACAAUCGCAUCUCUCUCUUUGCAUGCCGUCCCCAGCCCGCCUUUCGUUCACGCCCAUCUCUGCAGGCCCAUUCCCCACUGCGGGAAGCCCUGCUGGGACCGCAUCCCCAGGGACGCCACCGACGGCGUCUGCUGCUGCUGCUGUUGCUGCUGUUGGAGGGCACGGUGCUCAGCCUGCUCACGCAAUAAUGUCUUGGUCAGCCUGUUUGAGCGGCCAACACACACAACACAGAAAUGAGCUGAUGUCAGCCAGGACAGGAGGGGUUCAGUACGGCGGUGUAAGUCGCUCACUGUUUGACGUUUCUGUAGGCCUGUGGCGGCAUGAGGUCGAUGUCCAGCGACGCCUGAGUCUCUGUUUGCUGACACAGACAGACAGACAGACAGAGAAGGAGGCACGCACCGUCACACAUUUAUGACGACACGCGUGACGCAUCGGUUCUCUCUCCUGAAGACGUACAGUGAUGAGGCACUCUGGGGCAUAGAUGCUGCAGAACCGUACGACCUGGCACACAGACACACAGACACAACACACACACCACCCGUCAAGUCGAUCGACCCCCUUGUGCCGUGCGUGGGAGCAAUGCAACACACGCACCUUGCCCAGGUUGGUUCCGUGGAGCUUUGUGAGCCGUCUGCACAGCUUGUAUCGGUCGGCCAGCGGCGCCUCGGUGCGCGAGGGACAGCUGGUGCUCUCUAUCAUCUCCAUCACACCCUCCAAACUGACACACACACACACACGAAGCCGUGUGCGUCCUCCCUCCCUCGUCGCCUCCCGUCGUCCCCUCACACACAUGACUCACUCACUCGCUGUCGUCGUCUGCCAUAUUUCUGUUGUCGGGCGAGUCGUCGUCGCCCGUGGGCUUGGCGUAUUUUUUCUUGGCCGUCUUCUUGGGCCUGCCCUUGCUGGUGGCGGGGGGCGGGGCGGGGAGAGGCACAUAGUCGUCCGUCAACUCCUCGUGCGGCGGGUCAGGCACCACUGCACAGACGGCACGUAUGGCAUGGCCGCAGAGGCAACAGAGGGGAGAGAGAGAGAGAGAUGGUGGUGUGUUUCGUUGUCUGGGUGGUCCUCUGUGUACCGACCGUGCGGCAGGUGUCCUGCGUUGAGGGCGUUUUCGAUUUCGCGAGUGAAGCGCUCCAUCCUUUUGGACGCCUUGUGCACCGCCUGUAUGUGUGUGUAUGACACCAUGACACAGAGCAGUGCUCACAGACCUUCGUGUGUUGUGCCUUCGGUACUUACCGAUCCCUCGGCAUUGUAGAGCUGGCAGUUGCUCCAGAUGAGGUAGAGGUCGCUCCACACCUCAUUCGGGUCACGGUAGUGACCCUGGUGCAGCUUCUUCUGCAGGCACACCAACGAACCAACACAACACGUCACCGCCACAGUGGUUGGCGCACCCGCCCAUUCAUCUCUCUCCCUCUCCCUCUCUCUUCGCCAGCGACUCACUGACCGACACGGUGCCGAGAUCCAUGGGUUUCUUGACGAUGUCAGGGUAGUUGAUGAGGCCCAGCGCCUUCCAGUCGACAGGUGAGGUGAACCAGAACGCGUAUUCGCAUUUCUUCAGGCGGUCAACCGUCUGGGACACCAACGCAGUCCACCUCGCGUCCAUCACGAUAUCCUGCAGCACGGAUCUGAGCCGGGAGAGAGAGCGG